CACUCUGUACUAUUUUUCCAUGAUUCGUCAACUAGUAAUCAUUUGUGUGAAUUGUAAAAAAUAAACAAAUUCGUGGCACAUCCUACCUGUGUCUAAUAUUUCAAUAUUUUAAAUCUUUAAACAUGACGAACUUGAAACAGGAUCUUGAUGAGUAUUUGCUUUUACAAAGCGAUCAGAAGAAGAACUUCAGUGCGAAAAUUCCACACAUCAAAGUACCAGAUUUGGGAAAAUUGUUUACGCGUUCAGAACCAACUGAGCCUAGCAAUAGCUGGCUACAAGACACACAAGACAGUUGUUGUCCUAAAUUGACACGACUUCAGCGUAUUGUCGGCUUUGUCGCUUGCCUGGGUCUGGGUGCUCUGUGCUUCAGUAUCUCCGUAUUCUACAUACCAGUGUUAAUAUUGAAAGCUCGAAAAUUUGCGUUGCUUUACUCCUUAGGAAGCAUGUUUUUUAUUUUAGGAUUUUGCUUCUUGUCGGGCUUUGGAGCCUUCCUUAAGACUGCAUUUUCAAAGCCGCGUAUGCUGGUUUCUCUUACAUACACAAGUUCAUUAAUAGCUACUUUAUACUGUGCGCUGCUUGUACAUAGCACAGCGUUAACUGUGCUUUUUGCUGUGGCACAAAUAAUUGCUCUUCUGUUUAUGAUUGUCGGUACCGUCCCAGGAGGUGCAUCUGGCAUUAAAUUCUUUGGAAAAAUGUUUAAGAGUACAGUAACAAACACAAGUACACUGCCCGUUUAGAUUGAGAAAAACUUCGAAGAUUUUCAACUCGGGCUCAUCACAUUAUUAAACAUACAUAUCUUCUCUUCAGUUGCUAUUACAUACAUACAAUUAUUUAAAUGGUUUUUUUUUUUACAAUCAUAUAUAUGUAAUAUCUAAUUAUUAGCCAUUUUAAUAACUACUGUUCAAUUUAUUACGAAAAGUGACUUUUGUGAUAAUAUUAAAAGAAGCGUUUGUACAUUUUAGGAUAGCUGAUAUUAAAAUAAAAAGAUAUGAGUACCAAGUACUCGUA